AUGAGAGUCAUUAUAGUAGGCGCAGGAAUUGGCGGACUGGCCUGUGCCAUUGCUUGUCGCCAGAAGAAUCUCGACGUGCUUGUCCUGGAACAAUCGGCUGAAAUUGUGCCAGUUGGUGCUGGCAUCCAAAUCCCUCCGAAUGGAGCCCGGAUCAUGCAGGAACUCGGUCUCUUGUCUCAGACCGAGGAAAAGGGCAUGAAACUCGAGGUCAUGGAUCUGCGACGGUAUAAGGACGGGAGGAUCAUCACAUCGAUGUCCUGCGGUGAGUCUAUAGUGAAGGAAUAUGGAGCGCCGUGGAUCGUCAUCCAUCGCGCGGAUUAUCACCAGAUUCUCCUCGACAAAGCUAGAGACCUAGGAGUGGAGAUUCAUCUAGGCGCGCUUGUCGAGAAGGUCCUGGUCGACGAGACUGCAGUCAUUGUGGGUAGUGAGACCAUCACCGGCGACGUGAUCAUUGGUGCUGAUGGCCUCUGGUCCAAAAUCCGCGAAGCCGUCCUUGAUGAACCCCAUCCGCCCGAAGAAACAGGGGACCUAGCCUACCGCGCUACCUUUUCGCGAGCGCAGCUCUUAGCCCUGAACGAUCCAGAGGUAAAGGCGCUUUGCGAGAAACAAGGUGUAACCGCCUGGCUGGGGCCUAAGAAACACGCCGUCUUCUACCCCGUUCGCGGCGGACAAGAAUAUAAUCUUGUACUACUGCAGCCAGAUGAUCUGCCGCCGGGAGUGCGUACGACGCAGGGCGAUGUGGAUGAGAUGCGGUAUGGGUAUAGAGAGUGGGAUCCAACGCUGGGGAAGAUGAUCUCCUGUAUCCCGACCGUCCUGAAGUGGAAGCUGUGCCAUCUUCCUGAGUUGCCGAGGUGGACCAAGGGCUCUGUUACCCUGCUUGGCGAUGCGUGUCAUCCGACUCUGCCAUAUCAAGCUCAGGGGGCCGCCAUGGCAGUGGAAGAUGGUGCAGUGUUGGGACUGCUACUCCACCACGUAGCAUCCUCACAGGACUACAAAUCAAAAAUCCCACAAGCACUAACACUCUAUGAAGAUAUUCGAAAGUCCCGGACCGCCCGGAACGUCCAAGGAGCCAUCCGCAACCGAGGCGGGUUUCACCUCGAAGACGGCAUCUUACAACGACUGCGUGACUUGGUUUUGAGCUGGUCAGGCCUGACUUGGGAGACAGACUGGAUUGGACUAAUGUCUUCGCGACAACGAGCUGUCCUUGGAUUUGAUGUUCUGCAAGAGGUAGAGCAAAGGAUGUCGGAACUAUCUGCCUGA